CAGCUGACACGGGCUGACAUUUGGCUCGUAAUAAUUUGAGAAAUGCGUAUAUCUAUGGUGAAUCAUUUGUGUGUGAGUGAAUUUUCUGAUAAAUACAAACUCAUUCGCACAACUACAGCCAGACUAUGUGAACGAAAAUAACAAAAAUAAAUUGAUGAAAAAGAGAAAAAAAAAAAAGGCAAAUAAAUAUGUCGUCUCGUCUGUUAUUUGUGGUCAUAUAAAGAGUUGAGGAACAAAAGUCAAAUACUGUGGCUGCGCUUUUUGCAUCCAAUCGAAAGCAAGUGCAGUUUGUUCAGCGUUAUUUUAUUUUAUUUUUUUUUUUUCUCUGAAAAAUUGCAUUUUGUCCAGGCAAAUCGACAAAAUUCACAACAGAAAGUGACGAACAAGAAAAAAAGCAGUCAAAGUGCAGCGAAAUUACGAGUCGUCGAUGAUUUCUUAUAAUUGAGACACAGAAAAAAAAAAUUGGCGUGUAAUUUGUUCGAGAAUCGAAUUGAUGAAUGACAUCGAGUGCGUCAAUUUUGCGUAAUAGCUGUGUAGAACCGAUGUCCAUUUGAAUGUUCCGAGCAUAUCAAGUGUGUGUGUGUGUUACAAUUUGAUGAAUUGUUUUGGAUAUUGUGAAAGUAAUGCUGGUAACGCAAAAAUCAUCAUUCACUCUAUAAGUAGUGUUGUAUAUCAAGUGUGAGCACAUAGAAGAGCAGCAGAAGCAGCUGUAGCAGUACAUUCCGACAGAUAUCUGCGCUUAUUCGCUCAAUUGUUGUUUGAUAUUUCGUAGACUAGCAUCAAUAUUACAAUAUAUAUAUACAUAGAAGCAACAAAAAAAACGAAAUAUAAACGCAAAACAGUGUGGAUUUUGGUUAUUCGUUCACUGUCUCACUCGCGCGCUCUACGAUGCGAGUAUUUGUUAUGUGCUCAAUGUGAAUGACUGUGUUUUGUAGGGGUUUUUUUGUGUGCUGUUGCCAUUUUAUGCGAGACGCAGUGUAUUUGCCAGACAAAGAAAAGUAGACAUUUCACUAUUGCGUUUUGCGUAAAAACCAAUCCAAGACGAUCAACACAACCAAUCAACAAAAAAUAAACAAUAUUAGAAACAGACGAAAAAAAACUGGUGAUUUUUCUAUGUUUUCGGCAGAAAAAAACAACCAAAUCGACUUUCUCUAUUUGUGUCUAUCGCAGCGAUACGAUAACUGAAACACAACGGAAACCUUAUCGACAGUGAUCGAGCGUUGAAUAAUUAGAUUUACGCAAAUUUUUCUAGUUUAAAUUGUUAUUGUUGGUGUUUUCGGUGUAUUUUUAUUUGUUUGUGGUGUGUGAUUACGAAACCGUGCGCUACACAAGGACAAUACAUCAGCAAUAAACUAUUUUUUUCGUGUAUUCUGCAUAUCAUGUGAGAACCAAAUGGAGAACCAAACACGGAACUGAAAUCUAAAUUUAAUCGUUUCACAACUAAAGGGAACAAACCGUGCUCGACCGUGCUCAAAAAUCAGAUUCAAAACAUAUGUCUCAGGCGUCAUAAUAUUCACCAGUUUAGAAUUGAGCAAAUUUUGUUGAGAGAGAGAGAGAGAAGAAAAAAAACAAUCGAAUGCAACCAUGAAUUGACCUUAUGUCGCAUACAUUUUCACGUCGACCACUUUAACUUUAAGUCAUUGAUUUGUGUGUGUUUUUUUUCUCGUUCUGUUCCUUUCGUUCGUUCGUGCUUUUAUUCGAUCUAUGCUACAUGUGUGUGUUGCAUUUUCAUUUGCAUGUUAAGUGCUGGACAGUGCAAUAAAAAAUUGAUUGAAUAAAUUAGCACUUUUGAUGAAUUUUGAAAGUGCGAGUCGAUUCUAAUAGAGGGAAAGCAAGCGGGCAAGCAACAAACGAAUUGACGCGCUCCGAAUAAUGAGCGCAACUAUUUUGUGAUAAAGAAACGUAACGCAUCCAAUCUUAUAAACAACCGUUAUCGUUUUUUGAUACGCGCGCAAGAGGUGACGAAACCAAAGCUAAAAACUCGUGAAUCUUAUAGAGAUCUUCUAAUAUUAGUUUAGCAUAGCAAACUAAAACAAACAAACAAAUAAAUACCGUAAAAAUGGGCAACUGCUUUAAACGGUCAACCACAGACGACAUCUCGUUGUUGCGAGGUGGAAAUGAACCAAAUCGAGAAUCUACAGAACAACUGGGACCGGCUCCGUUAUAUUCGGAGGUAUUGCAGCCAGUAUUUUAUCCAUCGCCAUCGGUGGGCCGGCCAGUGACCCACUUGACGGAGGAGGAACAAGUGAAAAUAGCGAAACGCAUCGGUUUGAUACAACACUUGCCGGUGGGGCUGUAUGAUGGAUGCAAAAAGGCUCGUGAAUGUGUGAUUUGUAUGAUUGAAUUCAAUGUCGGCGACUCGAUCCGUUAUCUACCUUGUAUGCACACCUAUCACGUUGGCUGUAUCGAUGAUUGGCUGAUGCGAAGUCUCACAUGUCCCAGUUGCCUGGAGCCAGUUGACGCAGCUCUGCUCACCACUUAUGAAACCUGCUAAUAGUUCUUCUUUGUUUCUCCUCCCCGCAUCUCCUUCAACAGAUAAGAAGGAACCAACAACUAAAUUGACCGUUUUCUUCUUUUUUUCUUAUAAUAUUUCGAUAGAUAAGAAUGAAAUGACUUUUGUUUCUCAUACCAAACAAAAAUUCUCUUCGAAGAACAAUCAUACACAUGUUUGUUGUGACGAUAGUGCGAGGCGACAUAAUUGUUCGCCGUUUAUUCGCCGCAUGGAAACUACAUACAUUUUACGCUAACGUUAUUUAGUAGGAAUAACACGAAAAUACAAAAUUUAAAUUAUGGAAUGAGUGAUAAGAGUAUUCAUGGGAAAUUAGUUGGUGUGAUUAAUUCGAAAUCGAGCUAUUUGGAUUGAAUUUCUUUUUGGGCUGUCUAACUAGUUCGCUAAAUCACUUAAAGUGUCUACAAUUAUAGUUUUUUUUUUUUGUAAAUAAUUCAAAAUAUACAUCGUUUAUCACCAGAUUUUUCUUUCUCAAAUUAUAACCAAUAACAAACUGGAUCGACAGAUGCAUAUAUAUAAAGCGCAUGAACAAAUUCUCACUUUGAACCCUGCGAAUAAAAUUGAUUGACUUGAAGAAGAAAAAAACAUUGUGACGACGAAAUGAAAGAAGAAUUAUGUAUAUGUUGUUUAGCUAUCGAUAGAUAAGUGUAUAUUUGCAAAGUUAUUUGUAUGGGACUAGAAUGAACGGAUGCAUAGUUUAUACCAUAGUUUAUUUAAUGAUCUAUUUCUUUACACGUUUAGAAACAAAUAUCUCUAGAUAUAUUAUUAUUAUUUUUUUUUCUCCGUCUUUUCAAACUAAAACAUCUCUAACGUGACGACAUAAAAAUUCUAACGAAUGAACAAACAGCCAAUUACACUACUUUUUAUUACUAUUGAUUCGGUUUAAGAUUGGUUAUACUUACAUUUUGAUUGUAUUUAUAUUUGAUAUUGAAAUUAAACACGGAAAAUCUGUAAAAAAAA